UUUCUUACACUGCUACACAAAAAACUUGUAGAAGUGAAACCCUACUGUAGCAGCCAUGGAAGCAAAAAGAAAAGAUGUAAACGACUCGGUCCAAAGUACUAGACCUAUUGGUGGUGAGCUUCCUCAGUCUGCUUCCAAAUUUGGAGACUGCGAAUCGAUUAUUGUUCCGAAAUACAUGUCAAAUGUUAUCUAUAUGUGUAUGUACUUGGUGUACAUGACUCGAUAGAUAUACGUUUUACGGAAGGCUUGUGAGGUGGAUGAUAGUGAUGAAGAUGAUAUGGAUGACGUGGAGGAUGAUAUGGAUGAAGAGAUAGUUGAAUCUGAUGUUGAGGUCGAAGGCGGAAGUGUUGAGCCUGAUAAUGAUCCUCCGCAUAGGAUGGGAGAUCUUUCUGUUGAGGUUAGUGAGGAGAAUCGCAUUGCUGCUCAGGAGGCCAAGGGGAAGGCUGUAGAAGCAACUUCUGAAGGUAAAUAUGAGGAAGCGAUUGAGCACCUUACACAGGCUAUCCUCCUAAAUCCUGCAUCAGCUAUGAUGUACGCCACUAGAGCCGCUGUGUACAUUAUGAUGAAGAAACCAAAUGCUGCUAUACGAGAUGCCAAUGCUGCUUUAGAGAUUAAUCCUGAUUCUGCAAAAGGCUACAAAUCACGAGGAAUGGCACGAGCAAUGCUUGGCCAGUGGGAGGUGGCUGCAAAUGAUCUUCAUGUGGCUUCCAACAUAGAUUAUGAUGAGGAGAUAAGUUCUGUACUCAAGAAGGUUGAACCCAUUGUUCUGAAAAUCAAGGAGCACCAGCGGAGAUAUGCCAGGCUGCGUAAAGAGAGUGAGGACAGAAAGUCUGAACGUCACGCUGAAGCUCAGAAGGCUUGUGAGGGAUAUGAUAGUAAUGAGGAUCAGGAUGAUGCUGAUGAGGAUGAUAGUGAUGAGAAUGACAUCGAUGAAGUGGAGGAGGUUGAAGAAGCUACACAUAAGACACUGAAUGCAGAGGAGGAGGAAGAGAUAGUUGAAUCCGAUAUUGAGCUCGAAGGUGAAACUGUCGAGCCUGAUGAUGAUCCUCUGCAGAAGAUGGGAGAUCCUUCUAUUGAGGUCAAUGAGGAAAACCGUGAUGCUGCUCAAGAAGCCAAGCGGAAGGCAAUGGAAGCAGUCUGUGAAGGCAAUCACGAGGAAGCAAUUGAACUCCUUACACAGGCUAUCUUGCUCAACCCUACAUCAGCUAUGAUGUACGCUACAAGAGCCACUGUGUAUAUAAAGAUGAAGAAACCAAAUGCUGCUAUUCAAGAUGCCCAUGCUGCUCUAGAGAUUAAUCCUGAUUCUGCUAAAGGCCACAAAUCUCGAGGAAUGGCACGAGCAAUGCUUGGCCAGUGGGAGGAGGCUGUAAAGGAUCUUCAUGUAGCUUCCAGCAUAGACCAUGAUGAGGAGAUAAGUGCCGCAUUGAAGAAGGUGGAACCCAAUGCUCACAAAAUCGAGGAGCACCGACAGAAAUAUGACAGGCUGCACAAAGAGCGAGAGGAGAGAAAGGCCGAAAGUGAAAGAAAACGCCGCAAAGCUGAAGCUCAGGCUGCUUAUAAAAAGGCUAAGAGGCAAGAGAAGGCAUCAUCAAGUAAGAGAUCUGGUGGAAUGCGCGGAGGCUUUCCUGGUAACAUGCCUGGGGCAGGGGGAUCCUGAGAUAAUGGCGACAAUGAAGAACCCAGAAUUCAUUGGUGUUACUCAACAAGGUACAUUUUAUACUUCUGAAUAAUUUUUGAAUGUCAUCCAAGUCAUUAAUGAACUGAGACGUCGUCAAGUCCCGGACAACGUUUCUUUUCAGUGGUUUCGAAUCGGAUCUGUGCCCGAAGAUCUAACUACUCCCUCUGUUUUCAAAUACUUGACGUUUGAAUUUUGUGCACAUACUUUUAAGUGCGUUGAGUGCAUAGCUAGAAUUAAUAUUUUUAAAAUUUUCUUUUUGUGAAUUAAAGUAUAAGAUUAAUAUUUUAUUCAGAAAAAGAAAAUUUUAAAUAUAAUAAUUUUAAGUAUGCAGUCAAAGUUCUUAAAAUUGUGUACCAAAAAGUCAAACGUCAAGUAUUUGAAAACAGAGGGAGUAUAUCUUUUUCAUGUCUAUUACAGUAUCAUUUUGUGGUGCAAGUGCAACUAUUGGAAAGGGGAUGCACUUUAAGCAACAAGCUGUUGACCAUACUCUCAAACUAUUUUAAUAUUUAAAUGGAACACUUUGUUAUCAAAAAGAGGGUCAGAAGUGAUUGUUGUUUAUAGUAUCAUUUCAGAUGCAGCAUUAAUUUUGGGUACUAACAAUGUGGAUGUAAGGAGUCUCAGUUGCGAACGGUUCAGGGGAUUUUGAGGACCAUUACCAUAAUCGUGGGUACAGUGCUUAGGAAAUUUGUUAACUUGUUUACAGGCCUAAUAUGAUCAGUUUUUUCAGACUCAGAUACAUUGGUUAAUGAUGAGUCCAAUCUUUGGGAGAAAAGUUAAACAGGGAUAGUGGUUCUCUUUCAAAACUUCUCUGUUAAGUUUGAUCGAACAAGUUACUUGUGGCAUGUAGUUUUUGUCAUACAGUGGAUUGUCUUUGAAGUCAUGUUUAUACUCUAUCGAGAUCUUCCUUGCCGUAAUUCUGUGUGAUCCCUGGUUUUUCUUGGAAAGGAGAGGGAGAAAAUGGGUGCAUGAUGCAUUGAUGCUGCUUGUCUGUUUUUAUGUUAAAGUGAGACGCACAUUACAGUCUGUUAUAUCAUGCACUUGUGCUUCAUUAUUGUGAACUGUCACAGUGACAUGGUAAACUGGUAGUAGAAAGAAAAAUUAAUAAAAAUGUGGUAGUCUUGAGUAGAUACUAGAAGAUCCCAUUAAAAGUUCCUGUAUCCUAAAUCUUUGUUCGAUAGUCUUUGGUUUGCUA